CCAAACGUUGACACCAAAAUGCUAGUCGUCGGCCUCACGGGCGGGAUCGCCACCGGCAAGUCCACCGUCUCCGCGCUCCUGCGCGCGCACAACGUGCCCAUCGUCGACGCCGACGUCCUCGCGCGCAAGGUCGUCGAGCCGGGCACGCCCGCGCUCGCGGCCAUCGUGCGCGCGUUCGGCGCGGGGGUGCUCCGCGCGGACGGCACGCUCAACCGCGCGGCGCUCGGCGCGCGCGUCUUCGCGGACGACAAGCAGCGCGCGACGCUGGACGCGAUCGUGCACCCGGCCGUGCGCAGGGAGAUGUUCUGGGCGGUGCUGCGCUGCUGGUGGCAUGGCGAGCGCGUGUGCGUGCUCGACGUGCCGCUGCUCAUCGAGGGGGGGCUGUGGAAGUGGGUCGCGAAGGUCGUCGUGGUGUACUGUUCGGCGGAGCUGCAGCUGCAACGGCUCAUGAAGCGCGACAAUUCGUCUCGGGAGGACGCGUCGUCCCGCCUGAAUGCGCAGCUGCCCAUUGCGGAGAAGGUGCAGUACGCGGACGUCGUGCUCGACAACUCCGGCUCGCUCCAGGACCUCGAACGGCAAGUGGACCAGCUUGUGCAACGGCUCGUGAAGGAAGCUGGCUGGACGUGGCGAAUCAGCUGGCUUUGCCCGCCGCUGGGCGUGGCGUCGGCGGUAUGCACGAUUGGCUGGAGGGCGCUGCGCCGUUCGCAGAAAGUGAGCUCGCGCAAGAAGUCCGGUCAGCGGUAGCACAUCUUGUUUCGUUUCCAUUUACUUUCACCUCCUGCUUGUAUGUUCGGUUACACGGACUGUACUGUACUAUGCUAUUCAUCUCGUCCCCC